UUUAAGCUUCUCAACGGAGAGAAUAAGCUUUUUUAAGAUGCAAAAGAAAUCGAACUGAGACAUCAGGAGUCAGCUAGCAACAUCUCAGUUUCUCAGUGAGUUAUGAAGUAACAACAGCGGCGAAAUGUCGGAGUUUGAUUCCGAGCUUUACUUCCGAGUGGCUUUCUUCGCUUUUCUUAUUCCUCUAGGUUCCGCUGACUGUGUUGAUCUGGAUCUGGGAAUGAAAAAUGAGAGAAUUUCAGAUGGUAAUAUAACUGCUUCUUCAACUCAAAAUGCCAGCACACCAGCCAAGAAUGGUCGACUGAACUACACAUCAGGAUCAUCAUGGUGUUCAAGACCAAAUGACACUAACCCGUAUCUACAGAUUGAUCUACAGACAUUCCAUAUCAUCUGUGCUGUUUCCACCCAAGGGAAUUCUCAAGCAGAUCAUUGGGUGAAAAACUAUACACUUCAAUUUUCCAAUAAUGGAACAACCUGGAUGGUCUACAGAGAAAAUGGACAAAUUAAGACCUUUCAAGGAAAUGGUGACAGAGCCUCAGAGGUGAAGCAUGUUCUCUAUGAAACUGUUCAAGCACACUACCUGCGAAUCUUUCCAAGUGCAUACCAUGGUGCUGUGUGUAUGAGAAUAGAAGUGUUUGGUGUUAAGCAAAAACCAGUGAAUGUUGCCCUUGGAAAGGCCACCCUUCAGUCUUCAACAUAUAACAAUACUAUCUUGGGUGUGUCAGGUGCGUCAGAUAAAGCAGUGGAUGGUAAUUCUGAUACUGAAUUUAGAAAUGGAAGCUGUGCACAUACUAAGUCGGGCAAUGGAAGCUGGUGGAGAGUUGACCUAGGUUCAGAUAAUGUUUCAGUCUCUGACAUAUUCAUAGUCAACAGAUUUUCAACAUCUACUCAUGUGAUGGCCAGAAGCAAAGAUUAUAGCAUUACUUUGGGUAACAACCCAAUAGUAGUAAACAACACUCAGUGUAGAGGACUCUACAGUUUUGUUAACUUCAAUGCAUCAGCUGUUUGUUUUACCAACCCACUGAUAACUGGCAGAUAUGUAGGGAUAUCAAAUGUAAGGAAACAAGCUCUUCAGCUCUGUGAGGUGGAAAUCUAUUUGCGAG